UAAACAAAGAAAGGGGUUAACGGAUACCCCCCCGAUUUGGAAAUGUGCGGAGACUCAACCCACCAGCGGCAAGUGGGCGGAGACUCCAACUGGCAAAGCGUUGAACACAGCAGGGGACUGAAGAACAAACUUGUUGGGUAGGGGUAAACUAUUCUCGUGAGCUGGAAUUCUAUUCUACGUUUAGGCCAAACUUGUACCUACAUUUCAUUUUUAUCAAGGGAAUUGUUACACACCAAAUAAGGGGUUAUAACGGAUGGGAAAAUAUUGGAAAACAAGAACCAAGGCUGUCGGCUAUGGGUGAACUACGGACAACAUGAUAGGCCGGCUCUGCAUAACUAUUUGCAAAAAUCACAGCUCUUGACUCGGAACCCAGUAUUUAAAAAAUAUUGUUUUGUUUCUGUUAUGUGGAAUACUUCUGAGGGACAAUGAAUUGCAAUGUUUGUUUAGAGGCCGCGUAACAUUAUCGGGCCAAUUCGCUUUGCUGGAGUUUAAAUGUGACAAAGACUUGUUCACUACUCUGCACCGACGGAGAGGACAGAACGUGGAUCUAUCGAAAGGUUCGACUGUAGACUUUAGUGCCACAAACGUUCCAGAAAACUUAUCGAAACGAGACUUUUGAAUAACGGUCCAAUACGAGGAAAUUAUGUGGAACCCGUGGCAGUUGUUGUACCGUACAGCUCUUGGCUGCAUGAUUCUGGAAAUAUUUAUUCACAAUGUUGCACAAGGCCUGAAUGUGUGUAUGAGUGGCAGCGCUAUGUCUUGUGAAGAAUGCCUCAUCAUCCAUCCAAGCUGUGCCUGGUGUGCGCAAGAGUUUGGCAGUGCGAGGACCCUGAUGUCGCGGUGUGACCUGCGUCAGAACCUGCAGAAGAGGGGCUGUGAAGCCCAUCAUAUGGAGAGUCCCAGUAGCAGCACCACGGUAGUGAAGAGCGAACCCCUCAGCUCCAAAGGCUCUGGGCCUACCCAGUAUGAUGUCAUCCAGAUCAUGCCCCAGAAGAUCUCCCUCAGUCUCCGACCAGGUGACCAGACAUCAUUCAAAGUGCAGGUGCGUCAAGUGGAGGACUACCCAGUGGACCUGUACUACCUGAUGGACCUGUCUCUGUCCAUGAAGGAUGACCUGGACACCAUCAGGAACCUGGGCACCAAACUGGCCGAUGAGAUGAGGAAACUCACCAGCAACUUCAGACUGGGCUUCGGAUCCUUUGUCGACAAGAACAUGUCCCCCUUCUCCUACACGGCCCGCAAGUACCAGGACAACCCCUGCAAUGGAUACAAACUGUUCCCCAGCUGUGUCCCCUCCUUCGGGUUCCGCCACCUCCUCUCCUUGACUGACAAAGUGGAUCGCUUCAACGAGGAAGUACAGAAACAGAUGGUGUCUCGCAACAGGGACGCUCCGGAGGGAGGCUUCGAUGCCAUCCUGCAGGCUGCCGUCUGUAAGGAGAGGAUAGGCUGGAGGAAGGAGGCCUUCCACCUGCUGGUGUUUGCCACAGACGAUGUACCUCACCUGGCCUUGGACGGUAAGCUGGGAGGGCUGGUCCAGCCCCAUGAUGGGGAGUGCCACAUGAAUGAGAAGAAUGAGUACAGUGGCUCCACCAACAUGGACUACCCCUCUCUGGCUCUACUGGGAGAGAAGCUGGCUGCAAACAACAUCUAUCUCAUCUUCGCUGUGACAAAAAGGCUGUAUGUCAUUUACAAGAAUUUCACAGCACUGAUACCUGGAACCACAGUGGAGAUUCUGGAUCAGGACUCCAAGAACAUCAUACAACUCAUCGUUAACGCCUACAAUAGCAUCCGGUCCAAGGUGGAGCUGAUCGUGUGGGAUCAACCUGAAGACCUCAGUCUGUCCUUCACUGCCACCUGUCAGGACGGACAGCCUCUCCCAGGCCUCAGGAAGUGUGCCGACCUCAAGAUUGGAGACACGGUGUCCUUCAACGUGAGUAUAGACGCCAGAGGCUGCCCCGCCCCAGGUACCCAGCAGGGUUUCACCAUCAAGCCUGUGGGCUUCAAGGAUCAUCUGGAGGUGUCUGUGGACUACCGCUGUGCCUGUGGCUGCACCGACCAGACCCAGGCUAACAGUACCCACUGCAGCUCCAUUGGACAGUACACCUGUGGUAUCUGCCGCUGUGACCCGGGCUACCUGGGUGCCCGCUGUGAGUGCCAGGAGGGUGAGGCUGGCAGCAUGUACCUGAGCGCCUGCAGGCAGGCUGAGGGGAUGCAGAUAUGUGGUGGGAGAGGGGAGUGCAGCUGUAACCAGUGCCUCUGCUAUGAGUCAGAGUUCGGGAAGAUCUACGGGACCUUCUGCGAGUGUGACGACUUCUCCUGCGCUCGACACAAGGGCAUCCUCUGCUCGGGUCACGGAGAGUGCCACUGUGGAGAGUGUAAGUGCCAUGCGGGCUAUAUCGGGGACAACUGUAACUGUUCCACUGACACCUCAUCCUGUGUGUCUGAUGACGGGCAGAUCUGCAGCGGGCGGGGCAGCUGUGCCUGUGGGCGCUGCCAGUGCACUGAACCAGGGGCCUUCGGGGACACCUGCGAAAAAUGCCCCACCUGCCCUGAUGCCUGUGGCACCAAGAGGGAAUGCAUCGAAUGCCGGCUUUUCAGCUCUGGAAGACUGUCCGACAACCAGACCUGCCAGCGGCUAUGCAAGGAUGAGAUCAUCACUGUGGAAACGCUUAAAACAGACGACCCCAACGCUGUCCUCUGCCUGUACAAGACGGAGAACGAAUGUGUGAUGAAGUUCACGUACUCUGAACACGCCAACGGCAUGUCAGUCCUCACAGCUCUCAAAGAGCCAGAGUGUGGCGCAGCGCCGGACGCCAUGACGGUCCUCCUGGCGGUGGUGGGCAGUAUCCUACUGGUGGGCAUCGUGCUGCUAGCCAUCUGGAAGCUGGUCAUCACCGUGCACGACCGCAGAGAGUUUGCCCGCUUCCAAAGCGCACGCUCCCGCGCACGAUAUGAGAUGGCCUCCAACCCCCUGUACAAGCAGCCCAUCUCCAACGACUAUGUGGAAACCGAUUUCAGUAUGUACAGCAAGUCUUACAACGGAGCAGCCCACUGACCUCCUCCACACGGGGUGUUGUUGUGGCGGGGGGCACGGCAGGACCGGUCCAAGUAGAGAACCAAGAGGGCUGGGAAAUGAAAAAAUAAACUCAACCAUCUAUCUGAUCUGCCGAAGACUUAUGACGAACUGAAACAGAAGUGAAACUAGUAGUCUGGAUUGUUUCUGGGGAACCUGUGGCCUUUUUUUCUCUCCCUGACUGAGAAGGGAAAAUACCCACUGCCAUGACGUGAUGAGAUGUGACUGAAAGCUCUGGUCGGCCCUGUGUGCUUUACUGGGCUCUGGUCGGCCCUGUGUGCUUUACUGGGCUCUGGUCUGCCCUGUGUGCUUUACUGGGGUCUUGUCUGAUCUGUGUGAUUUACUGAUGUCAGUAGAAUUCAGCCCAGAGGACGAGCAGCAACAUUCAUGGACUCUUGAUCUGGAAUUUGUUUAAAGAGGACAGAGAUAAUAUGUGCUCCUCCGAGUCUUUUCUCCAACUAACAAGCAGAUGUUAUAUAAACAAAAUGGACUUCGUAGACAGAACAAUGAAACCAUGUCUUUCACUGACAAUUUGAGUGAAUUUACCAACUUUAUAGUACAUAAACCAUAACCCCUCCUUCACAUAAGCAGCAAUAUAUAUAUAUAUGCAUAGUCAAAUUCAAUUCUGUACAGACAGGCACACAAGGCAUCAAGUUGUAUUUUGUUUUUUUUACUCUGAAAAAUGCCUUUCCUGACAGUCAACUAUGCAUCCUUCUUCAUAACAAGUGGAAAUAUUCAAAAUUGUAACGUUACAUCAGCAGGGGUCGUUCAGGUUCAUGACAUAAAAAGAGCACAUCUUUUUGGGUGACGAUGACGUUGACAUCAUGGUACUAAACAUUAAAAGAGCACUAGUUUUCUUACCCUUGUUUUACACGACAGAUGAGGAUGUUAUUAGGAGAGUCUCAUAAAGUGACUAAGAAUCUCUCUAUUCUCAUUGUGUUGUUGUUACACGCCAUUUGCACUCUAGUCUUGAUCUGUUUAGUUAGCCUGGACCCAGAUCUGUGCUGUAUCCAACCCCUAUGGUCAUUGUCAUUGCCAAACAAAUAGAUACAUUUGGAUACAUCACUAAGAGAUCUGGCCCCAGGCUACUAUUAAGUAUGGCUGCAAUAACCCCUGCUGUCAUGCUGUGAGGGUGUGUGGGUGGAGAGGCUGGGAAGGCCUCUAAGCUGUGUUGACAUGAGACAUAACUCUCCCUCACCCAUUCCCACAGGAAGAGGCAGGACUUUAACAUGGCACUGGAGUAAUGAAAGUGCUUCAGUAUGAGUUGGGAGGGUUAACUCCUCGUCAAAUGUGUUCUGUGACCUUUUUUGUGAUGGUGUGUGUGUGUGUGCGAGACAGACAGACAAAGGGCGGAGAGAAGGAGUGUGUGCGUGCCAGCGUGAGAGUGUUUGAGACAAGGGGGGGAGAAAGAGUGUUUGAGACAGAGAGAGAGAGCAUUUGAGACGGGGAGAGAGAGUGAGUUUGAGACGGGGAGAGCGAGAAAAAGAGAGGGAGAGAGAGAGAGUGUGUUUUGGAGAGGGACCGAGUGUUUUUGAGACAAAGGGAGAGAGAGAGAGGGUGUAUUUGAGACAAAGGAAGAGAGAGUGUGUGUGUGUUUGAGACAAAGGAAGAGUGUGUGUGUGUGUUUGAGACAAAGGGAGAGCGAGAGUGUUUGAGACAGAGAGAGAGAGGGUGUGUUUGAGACAAAGGGAGAGAGUGUGUGGGUUUGAGACAAAGAGAGAGAGGGUGUGUUUGAGACAAAGGGAGAGAGAAAGAGAGGGUGUGUUUGAGACAAAGGGAGAGAGAAAGAGUGUGUGUGAGACAAAGGGAGAGAGAGCGUGUGGAUGCGCCAAAUGUAAUAAGAGUCACAUAAUAACUGUCUCACAAUUGCGUUGUGCUUACUUGUGUCUUGGCACCCUGUGGGGAGGUGCAUUAGCCCAGACCUUUGUGAGUUCAACAGUAAAAUGUACAUUCUCCAGCAUCCUUCCUGUACAGCAUUGAUAAUUCACCAAUAGAGACCAGUAGAUUUACAACACUACUACAUGCACACUUCAUUCUGCACACAGAGCAGGAAUACAGAAAACAGCAAUAAAUGGAUGA